AAUUUAACUCCAUCUUACAUGCUAUGGAUUAUUAUAAUGGUAUUGUUUUACUUUAAUAGUUUGCUGAUAAUCGUUAAAACCUGUAGAAAGAAAUCCAUUUCCAUGGGAAAGAGAGGCACAACAUCACUGUUAGAGAAAAUCAGAACAGUUGGGAGUGGAGAAGACUGCAGAACCUUGAAAGUAUUGUUAAAACGAAUGGAAAAGUAGAUGCUUAAAAUUGCUGCGAGUCUGACCAAAGAACCAUAUUGUUUUGUAAGUUUGGAAUGUUUUUGUAGCAACCGAGGAAAUUCAGCAUCAAGUGUCGACGAUAUCGACGUGUGUGAUGCGGAAAAUAAGCGUUGUAUCCCUCAUUUCUUUGUAAUGAAAAAUAGAGAAAAACAUCGCCUUUCAAUUUGUUUGACUGUUGAUCACACUAUUUUCAGAUAUUUUUUCACAUAUACCCGUCCAUUACCUAUGACUGGUUUUGACACUGUAUGCUGUUAAUUUCCUUUUAUAAUCGUUCUUUAGUCGGAUUUAUACGGUAAGUCAGUUAUUCUAGAAUUAGAUAAACUUAUAAUCAAACGAAUAUGUGUUGUUGUUGUUGUUAUUAUUAUUAUUUUAGAUUGACCACAAUUAUAUACAUCCUGCUCUCUGUAACCUAUUUUAUUACAGCUGACGAUGAAAACAACAUCAACAAUGAAGUAUAAUUAAUAUUAUUCAUUGUAGCCAUAUUGCAACAAGUAACUGUUGUUCAUUUCAGAUUACUAUAGAAAAAUCAUCAAAAACCAUUCCAGUCGCAAAACAGACAAAUGAGAACUCUCCCCUGCUAACGUCAACAAAAAUUAAUCAUAUUUCCUCCAGUAUAAUUGAUGAUAACCUCUUGUUCAAUGCAAAUGAGUUUAUUCUAACAGAUAGUAAUGUAAGAGAUGCUAUUAUUAAAAAAUCGAUUUUUGUUGCAAGAAACCAAUUGCUUUAAGAUAAUUUUCCGAAAACUCUUACACACACUAAGAUUGAUACUGUUGUGUUUUAUUUUAGGCCAAUCUGUUCAAUAAGGCAGCGGAUAUUGAGACGACUAUCGGUAGAAACUCAGCAAAUGAUGUUCCUACAACAGCUGAAGUGAUUGAAGAUGUUGACUCAAUACAUCAAGACCAGCCAAAACUUAUUGUUCCAGCGGUCGAAGAAAAUGUUACGAGUAUAAUUCAUUUAACUUCUGAACAACAAUCAAAUGUCAAUGCAUCCAUUUUAUCUAAAAAGAAUUUAUCCAGUAUUCAUUCAUUUGAAGAAUGGAAACAAUUGCAUACUGUCGAUUCGACCAGUAAGUUUAAUGUAGUUAUUAUAUGAUUUUAAGACAAGCUCUUUUAUGUUUUAGAAGAAGUAGCUAGUCAAAUA